AAAAUCUUAUUUUAAGUUUAUCACGUUUUGUAAAAUUAUAAAUUAUUUCUGAACGCAAUAUUCAAUACUUUGCAAAAGGACUGUAAACAUUGAGUAACUUCUGGCAGAUAGGCUGAUUUUCCGGACACCGUUCUUCUGUUAAAAAAAGUCAGACAAUCAGAAGCAGGAAGUAAAAAAUGAAUCUUGGAAAACAGUUUUCUGUGACACUCCUUCUAGGAGUAGUUAUUGGUUUUACAGCUUUCGUCUAUGGAAAAAAUUCAAAGAAAAAAUUUGAUUACUAUCUCGAUCCUUCUAAAAUAUGCGAUGAAACCGAAAAUGCUGAGUUUAUUUCAAUUAUGAAAAAAACAACAAACGAUAUAGUUAGCUUCGUUCCUGGCAGAUUUAUAGUACUGACCGAUUCAAAAACAAAUAUGAACGCGAAUUUGCGACAAAAAUUAGAAGAAGAAAAAGCAAUGUUCUUACAAUUUCACAGAACAUUUAAUAUUGAUAUUCAAGAAACAUUCGGCACUGCAGUAAUUUUGAGUAGAGUAAAUGAUGGGAUUGUGUUUCUUAUUCAUGCUGAUAGUAUUGAUAGUGCUGUGAACAUUUACGAGAAUAUUACAUAUAUUGUCCCUCUCUCUAUAUCUUCAAAUAGAAAAAUUGCUUUUGCAUUAACACUUUCGGAAAAUAAGGAUAUUAGAGGACCCAUGAUAAAGAAACUUGAAAAUGUAGCAAAUACAGUGCAAAGAAGGGAAAUUUUUUUUUCAGUACAAACCAUAAGGGAGAAUAGUAAUUCACUGAUAGCUAUUUUUACUAAAGACUCCUCUACAAGUGACGUUAAUGAUUUUCUUGCACCUUUCCUUAUUAAAGAAUAUACAAUGGACAGUCGUUUACAUGAUAGAAGUUUCAAUUUCAGUGAACAUAUGCAACAAGUGUUAAAUUGCGGUGUAGAAACAACUCAGAAAAAAGUAACUUCAGGUAUGAAAAACUUAACGAAUAGUAUAUUAAAUAACAUCGAACAUCGACAUUCUAAUCAACAAUCAUAUAACGAAAGUAUUCUAAAAGAUUUACUUAAUUGUAUUAGGAAAGUAGCUACAUUGCCAUUGAUGCAACUAAAUUCUGCAAAAGAUUAUUUUUUAAAUCUAGAUAUCUGUAACUAUAAUCAUUACACUGAAAAACUUAAAACGGAAAUAAAUUUUACUGGACUGGAAAGACAAACUAUUGAUUCAAUAUAUCAUUUUGUCGACAAUUCUAAAUUUAAUGAAGCAAUGGAAGAGUGGAAACAAGUUUUGAAACAUUUUCAUCUGAAAGAUAAUAUAAAAAACCAGUCUAGUGAUAACGUAAAACAGAUUUGCGAUGUUAAUGGAAAUGAAUGUACACUAAGAAUUACGGGUAUUGUCAUCAAAGUGAGCGAUUUAAAACUGAAUAACUGCAGUGUGAACCCGAAGGUAAUUGAAGUAUUUGCAACUAAAAGGGUAAUUAUAAACAAAGAUAUUAUACUGAUUGGAAAAGAAAUUCAAAUGGUUAUCAUAGCCCCAAUAUGGGAGGUGGAUACAAUCUACAGUGAUGUAGAAAUUUCAGGAUAUAGAGUAAUUAACUUGAGUGGUGAAAAUGGAAAAGAUGAUAAUAAAAGACAAGCAAAUAAUGGUACAAAAGAUGGAAACAAAAAUGGUGCACACGGUCGAGCUGGUCUACCAGGAGGACCUGCUGGAAGUUUCUAUGGAAUUGCAGACAAAAUUAUCAACGCUGAGAAGCUUAAUAUUUUAGUUGAUGGAGGUAGAGGAGGAAAUGGACAACAUGGUGGAAAUGGGGUUGAAGGAGCUAAUGGCCUUACAUAUAACGAAAAACCGGGACUACAAUGUCCACCAAAAUCAAUAGCAAUAGGAUGGAAUUCUUCUCAAGUGGAACGUCCUAUCCAUUCUUCUGCAAUAUUUAAUGCACCUGCAAUUAAUCAAAAUACUUACAAGUAUAAGAUACUUGGAAAGGGUGGAAGAAAAGGAGGAAGUGGAGGUAAUGGAGGUAUUGGAGGCAUUGGGGGACAAAAGGGUUUUGUCACAAUUGUGGAAUUAUCAAGUCAAAAUAGAAACCAAUAUCAAUUCUCUGAAUUGGAUGGUGAAGUAGGUUCAAAUGGUACAGGUGGAAAGUCUGCUUUAGGUGGUAAGAAUGGUAAAAAUGUUCUAGUUACUUUUUCAUGUUUAUUAGACGACUCUAAUAGAACCCCGCAAAUUGUAAAACGAACAAACCUAUCAGACUACACUGGAAUGGCUGAAAUAGGAUUAGACGGGGAAAACGGCACCAGUUUAAAAAGAAAUGUAGAAGUUGAACGUUUACAAACUGUGAACAUUUUUCCAAGAUCAGUGAAUGAGUAUAAAAUGUUCCUCAGGCCACAUUUAUCUGAAUCUAAAUCAACAGAAGAAUGGUCCUUUUAUAAUCACUUAAAUACUCACGAAAAUAUUACAAAAGUGUACGAUCCCUUCAGCUUAGUUAAUGAUUUUAUAGGACUAGAAAAGCACUUUUUUUCCUUAAAUAAGAAAAUCAACUUUACAUCUUCUUACGAACAAUUAAAAAAUCGAAUUGAUACAUAUAAGAACCAUCUUAGCAAAAAAAGUGCAGAAUACUUAAGAAUUAUUAACGAUUUAGCAGAAGACGUUAAUAAUCGUCUUGAAGCAGUGAAAUCUAUUCAUUUGCCUUAUGCUGUCAAUACAGAUUUUUUAAAAGAAGAUGAGGAUCUAUUAUCACUAGAGGUAACAGACCUAAAAGAUUUUAGAAGAACUAAGAACAUUUUGUAUCAACUAAAUGAAAAAAUAUUUUUACUGGAAGAAAAUAUGAAAAGUGGUGAACAGGUAAUUAAAAACGUGAUUUUGAACGCCAUCUCUGACAUAGAAGAGACACUAGAUGAGGAUUUAAAUUCCUUACUUACCGAAAUUAUAGAAACGGUGGAUGAAAUAUAUGCUAAUCAAACAGUAUUGGAUAGUAAACGACUAACGUUACAGCAUACUAUGAGACUGAAAGUGUUGUUUGGAAUUCUGACAGUUGGUUGCGGAGCCUUGGGAGUAAUAAAUCCAGCAUUAGGUUUUGUAGCCGGUGUAGCAGUAUCUGCCAUUACAGUAUUAGACGUAAAGACAGCUGAAGAAAGAGAUGAAUUUAUCACUGUUUUGCCAAAAGCUGUUGAGAAUUUUGCCAAACAGUCAGAUGAUUAUUUCAAAGAAUUGGAGAAAAAACAAGAGCAGGUACUUCAAGAGCAAGAAAAGUUUAUCAAUAGAGAAAUACAGCUUGCAACAAUUCAUGAAAAAAAUAUUAUAAAUAAUGUAUGGGGCCUAACAGAGGAUUAUAGAAAACUCAAAAACUUUGAUAAGUUAGUAAGUAAUUCAGGAUAUCAUAUGAAGAAAAUAUAUGCUAAAGAAGAAGAAAAAUUAAAAGAUUUAUUAAAAAAAUUGAAAAAGUCAGAGGACAAGCAAGAUUCAAAGAAAAUAGACGGUGUUAAAAUUGGUAUAAGGGUUGCCAAAUAUUUAAAAGCAACUUCUGAAGCUUUUAAAGCGGGAACGGAAACUGUUACAAGUAUUAUGAAAGAUGGGAAGAAAGUCGAUGAAAUUGAAGAGGCAAUGAAUAAAAACGAAAAGGCGAUUAAAAAACUUUUUUUAAUGGAGGAAAACAUUUACGAUAGUGUGAAACCUCUGUUAAGUACUAUGCAAAACAAUUUAGGUAAUAUUGAGCGUAAAGUAAAGAAUAUGAAUCAGUUUGAACAAGCAAUUGCAAAAUGGAACGUCACCAGAACUAUUGAGGAUAUAAAGUUGACUUUACAUAACGCAACUGAAAAUUUAAAAACAGGCGAGAAAAUAGAAAGAUCAUUCGGUAUACUUACCAAGGCAUUUGAUUUAUUGUUCGAGGUGCAUAGAUUAUUACUACAAAGUAAAGAGAAACAAAAAGAUACAAUUGAUCAGACUAUUCUUCACAUUGCCCAUGAUAGUAUUUUUGGGGUUAGUGAUUAUCAUUUAAGAUAUGCUUUAUCAGAAUUAGAGGUUGUGAAAAUGUCCAACUACGUAGCUGAAACAUAACAUAAAUGGUUUGCAGCUUUUAAACAACAUGCUUUUCCGUAUUAUGGAGAAAAAUUGGAUAAAUUGCAAGACUUAGAUGAAUAUAGUGAACGUGGAAUUACCAAAUUUUCAAAUUAUGCCGUGAAUAAUAUCAAUUAUCUAAUGAAAAAUUCUCAUUCAAAUAUAUUUACCGACCAAAAACGUAAAAUACUUGUGAAUGGUUUAAAUUCUUCAGAUGAGCGAUCGAGAUUUUCUUUCUACACUUGGAGAAAUGAUGAAAGACAUUCUGAAAUAUACUACAUUCUAGCUGGCAAGGAAGUGAUAUUAAUUGCAGACAUUCGAUAUGGUAAUUUUGAUGCAGAAGCCAUAAAAUUCAAUCGUGUUAAAUUAUUGUUUACCACUAAUUCUUCUGAGCAGCAAGAGAAACUAAAUAGUGAGUUAAAGAAUUUUGAUGUAAAACUUACACAUCUUGGAAAUUCCAAAUAUAACUAUAGUAAGACUAUGUAUGAAAUGAAGAAUUCCCGAACAGUUUUAACAUUCAAUUAUGAUGCAAAUGAUACAAUUAAGGAAAAUCAUUUGGUAACAAGGUUGUCUGAAGGACCGUAUCUAUUAAGUCCUUAUGCAGCUUAUACUGUUCAGCUUCUACCAAUUCAGAAAGAUCGUAAAUUUGAUUCUUUAACAAAAUUUACGGAUUUUGUUAAUUUGGAACUCAUUGGUAAUGCUGAAUAUACUACAACAGCUGAUUGCGAUCCAAAAUGUGUAGAAGCUAUGCAAAAAUAUUAUUCACUUGCCACUGAUGAUUCUGCUUAUUAUAUUGUUGGAAAUGAUUGCUAUCCCCUAUUACCGGGAACGUGCAGUGGUGAUGAUAUAAACGGAUAAUUAUACCUGUUUUUCAACGUUUACUACUUUUAAAUAUUUACUAGUUUUGUGUUUUUACACGCACCUAUGUUUAGUUUGUCUAAUAUUUUACUACGGGUUUAUUAAAGAUCCAAUUUGAAAAGUUUACAGCAUGUCUGCUAACUCUUCUUGUACUAACUUCUUCUGUAAUAUGUAUAUUAAAAAAAUUUAGAAAACUUUUAUUCCACACAUAAUGUUUAAAAUAGUCUGAAGGUUGACAAGAAGUGUUGCAGAUGCUCUGUAAAUUUUUAUGAGUGAAAAAAAGUUUAUUAUUAAAUAUGUUUUUAAAGAUUGUAAUCAGCUUAACACUUAAACUUAUCAAAGUUUAACGUAAUCGUAUUGUUCAGUCUUUUUCUGUUUUGAAUAAAAUUAAGUUUGCUUCUGUAACAUUACUGUUUGAAAUAAAAUUUAUUAAUUGUGACAAUAAA